AUGGCUACUACCACCAGUACACCGAUAGAUAAAGUACUACCCCAGUAUGAUGAUACAAUCUCCAUAAAACAUUUCCCAAGUUCGUUUGACUUAAAUAAGUCGAGUGAGAGCAAUGCUAAGUAUGGUGUAGCUAUCCAAAAGCCAGUCUUGAGGAAUAACAUCAAGUAUAAAUCGAGUAUUGAUCAUUUGUUAUGUCCAAUUUGUCAAGAACCAUUCAUUGAACCUUUGACAACCAUUUGUGGACAUACAUUUUGUAAAGAAUGUAUCUUUGAAUGUUUUAAAAUGGCCAAGGAUAGUUCGAGUGGAUCAACAAGUUCUAAUGUUAAUGGUGAACAAAAGUUAUCUGGUUGUUGUCCUUUGGACCGAACUCCAAUUGAUAGCGCCAAUGUUAAUGAUUUAUUUCCUACCCCAUUAUUGAUUAAUAACUUGAUUGAUGAUUUAAAAGUUUAUUGUAUGAAUUAUGAAAGAGGAUGUGAAUGGGUUGGUAGUCGUUGGGAAUUAGAACAUCAUGUGUUGAUAGAGUGUGGACAUACUGGAGUUAGAUGUAAUGGGAAAAGAACUAAACAAAAAGUAAAGAAAGUUGAUGCUGAAGACGACGAACAGGAGGAAGAUGCCAGUGAAGAUAGCGAAGAAGAUGAAUAUGAAAUAAUACGCUGUAAUUUAAUUGUUGAAAGGCGAUUCUUAAAUGAUGAUGAUUCAGAUGAAGAUCAAUGUAUUCAUAAAAUCUUUGAGUGUAAUUUUUGCAGAGAAAGAAUUACUAAGAUCACUCAAGAGACUCAUCUUAGUGAAGAGUGUUUAUUCAAUUAUCAGACCUGUGAUUUAUGCUUAAACGAUUUGAUACCGUUGAAGAAUUUAAAGAAACAUCAAGAGAAUUGUACUAAAAUAGGACAUAUUCGAUGUCCUGCUCAUGAAAUUGGAUGCAAAUGGAUAGGCAGUAACCAAACCUCACUUGAGAUUCAUUUACAAGAUACUAAUUGUCAAUUGAAUCAAUUAUUGCCAUCAUUUCAAAAGAUGAAUGAUAAGAUUGAAACCUUGACGAAUGAUAAUCAAUAUUUACAAAAACAAAUCAAUAAGAUUCUUGAUUCAAUAAUUCAAGGUAAGAUCACUAAUUUAGGAUAUAAUGAAUCAAUUGAAGAAAUUAACAAAUUCAAUAUUGAAGAUCAAGAUAAGUUACUCUAUUUGAAUUUUGAAUUGGAUAGAUUAAAAUUUGAAAUCAAUGAUAAGAUAAUUCCAUUCAUAAAUAAUACUAAGACGGGAGGUAAUUCGAAUAAAGAACUGGUAAUCAAUAAUCUAAUUAAUGAUUCGUUCAUGAUGAAAGAGGAUCUUAAUUUACAAAGAGUGUUGGUUAAUAGUUUACGUAAACAGCUACAGUUCUUAUUAUUUACCAGAAAUAGUACUCGAAUUGGUGGUAGUAUGAGUUUAGGAGGUAUGCCUGGUACCAUUGGUGGUAGCACUAAUGGGUCUGGGUUACAUUCUUUAGAUGAUUUAGGUAAUGAGAUUUAUGAUGAUAUUUCGAGAACUAGUUCAGAGGAAAGAUUAAGCUUAAAUUUAAAGUUAUAG